AUGCAAUACUGGAUGAGCGUUGGCUCUUUCCAUUCCUGGCAAAGCAUCACACCAGUAGAGAGUGACGCCGUAAUUGCCGUCGUGACUUCCCAGUUUGUUGUUGUGUCUCUCGCCGGCCGCUCCUUCCCUCGUCUCUAUUCUCCUGCUGGUUCAGGAAAGAGGUUCAACUACCGUUCCUUCUUUCCCCCUAAUUUUACCCCUGAGUCGCUUGGCCUCAAGUUGCCUUUUGUAUUGCUUUUCGGCUUUGCAGUCCAAUCCGGUCAAACUGAUGCUCUGCAAAGCUAUCAUCUUCUCCUUAGACUCAACUUAGUCGACUUGACACCUUACGCUUAG